AAUUUUACAAGUGGUGUAAUAGUUAAAUUUUUGUUGUUAUAUAUAGGAUGUACAACAUAUGAAGCUGUGUUUGACUAUAAAGGGGAACUGAGCACCCAUUUACAACUGAAACAAGGUGACCUAGUUAGAGUUCACAGAAAGGAGGCUGCUGGUUGGUGGAGAGGAACUGCUGGGGACCAGACUGGCUGGUUCCCUAGCAACUAUGUUCAGGCGGCACCACCAGACAAUUUUAAAACAGAGAAUGAGGUUGAGAUGCAUGAUGACUCGUAUGUUUCAUCCUUCAUGGUGAAGAGGUCAGAAGAGCCCAAUCAGAGACAGUCUUGCUUAUUAAAUGAACUUAAUCACAGAAAAUCUUAUCUUGUUAAUGAACCCAAUCACAGAAAAUCUGCCCCAACGGAGGAAGAAAUACAAGCUGAGCCUAUUUACUGCAAGAUACAGCCAAAGGACAAGAGAAAGUCGGGUGUAGACAGGAGCAAUAGUACCACACCUACAAAGUCAGAUAUUAUAUCCUCGCUUAAAGAUACUUUAUUAGGUAAGUACUUUUCUGGAAUGAAAUAUUGUCGCCUGUUGAACAAAUCCAUGUGUAAAAGAGGCCUGUGCGAUAAAAAUGGUUGGAUGAGAGGUAUAAAUGACAGUAGGAAGCUGGAAGGAUGGGUACCAGCUACAUAUGUUAAAAAGGUUGAUAAAGUUGAAAAAGUUGAGAAACCUAAGUUGGACCUAGAUCCGUCAAGUUACAAGCAGCUAGAAGUGAAUGUGGACAUGGAUGAGCGACAGGAUCUGAUUGGUAUAGUACUAGAAAAUGGCUGGUGGUUAGGAUGUAAAGAUAAAACUGUUGGCUGGUUCCCAGGAACAUUUGUAGAGCUCGCGACCCAACCAAACACGAAUCAAUCGGAACCUCAUGAAAGUGAUACAAAUGUACCUCAAGUUGAAAAGAAACCAGAAUCAAAGUUACCAACCCCAGGAGGCUCGAGACUUCCGAAAAUGUCUCGUCCAAAAGUUGCUCCUCCUUUACCCCCCACCAAACAUUCUACAGAUCUUCAUGAUCCCCUGUAUGACGUUAUUGACAAACCUGAUCAUAAAAAUGAUGUGAAUACUAACAUAUCUGACAAACAUGUGCCAAAUAAUAAUGAUAGUAAUAUUGUUAAACAAAAUGGACCAACUUCAGAUGGAUUAUAUGAGUUGAUUAAACCACCAGAGAAUGGUCCAAACUGUGUAAGCACACCAAAAAAAGGAAAAAUCAAACCACCUGUACCUAAAAGAUUUAUCAAACCAAAGUUAGUGACUGUACCAAAGGCUGAGGUACAAAUGCCAAAUAAAGAGACUCUAACCAAAGGUUUAGUUAAUGGAGAUGUGAUGAAGUUACGGCCCCCUCCACCUCCAAGGCCAGUUGCUCCUAAACUAGGACCAAUAAGAGCCAAAUUAUCAGAGCCCAAACCUUUAGAGGACCAGAUUCCAAGUGAAGAAGAGGAUACAUUCUUUAAUUUAACUCCUCAGAGAAAGUUUGAUGCCUUUGUUUGUCAAGAUUUAGAUGAACAAGAUGUAGCAGUAACAGGAGAAGAUGAUCCAUACCAAACUCUGUCAAGCUUUGGUGUAUCGUCCUUUGCUAAGCCGAGAGAAUCAUCAUUUGGAAAAUCAAAAGAAAUUAAACCUUUGAAUAUAAUUGAUGACAUUCAAAAUAUUCCUAUUCAUGGCAGAAUAAAGGAUAAUGAUAGUGAAAACAUUGCAGAGCUUAAUGCUGAUAUAAAUAAAGAUUAUAUAAAUGCACUGGGAAGUUGUGAAGAUGCAUCACCUAGGAACGAAGUUCAAGGCCAAAAUGUGCAUGCAGAAAACAUUGUAAAUGAGGUAAAAAAUGAAGUCAUUAUAGAAGAAAAAGACAAUCCUGAUAAUACUACAGCAGAAAACCAACCUAAAGCUAAAAUGGGGAUACCAGUCACACCAAAAAUGAAAGCCUCACGUUUAGCCCCACCAAAGCCUGUUUCUGCUAAAAUAAGUGAGCCCAAUGAUGAAGCUUAUUCGGAAAAAACUGCCAGUUCUCCCCCUGAAAAGACAUCAAAAUUACAAAAACCUACGAAAGUAGGUCUUAGUUCAAAAAUUCCUCUGUCUCCAAAAGAAAGUCCAAGGAAAAAGCCUGAUGAACCAAAUGUUUUCCAUUACCCUGAUUCAGCUAAAUCUUCUAAUGAUGUUGAAAAUGUUGAUGAUAAAGGUACUGUUUUAUAUACUUCACCAAAAGGAAACAGUGAUUCAGUACAUACAAAUCCUCAACAUGUUAUUCAAAAUACAGGAAACAUGGAGAAGAUGCAAAGAACGGAAAGUUUUGAGACAGAGAAACAAAAUAAAAAUAUUGAGAAUAAACCAAGAACGGAAAGUUUUGAAAAACGACCAAGGGCUGACAGUAUGGAGAACAGGCUAAGAGCUGACAGUAUGGAGAAUAGGCUAAGGGCUGACAGUAUGGAAAAAAGGCUAAGGGCUGACAGUAUUGAGAAUAGGCCAAGGACAGAUAGCAUAGAGAAUAGGCCAAGGACAGAUAGCAUAGAGAAUAGAGCCAGAACUGACAGUAUUGGGAAACCCCCAGUGGCUCCAAAACCCAAAUCAGGGUUACCUAAAUUGGCAAAGCCUUCGUCUAUUGGUAAAACCAAGGAAGAGCCGGUUGAUGAAAAUGUGUAUGGAAAUUCUCCAAGAAUGGAGAAUAAUAACAGUAUCGGAAAAUCUCCAAUAAAUGAGGGACAAUCUUCAAUUACGAAUAAAAAAUCUCCAGGUCAUGAUGUACUGCCUCCUUCAGGAAUUGAACCUGAAGCUAAACAUGUCCCAUCACCAAUAAUUGAAAAUGUUAAAACAAGACUAAGUGAAUCUGAAAGUGAUACAGAGAACAAGAAUGUGAAUAGUAAAUCUAAAAGUAUUACUCCUGGAAGUAAAUUACCCCUUAUAAGUGCCAAAACACAACAAUCUCCCAAAUUAAGGGGAAGAAAAUCCAAUUUACCCAGUCCUGGAUUUAGAAACAAAAGUGUAGACGGAAGUGAUAGAAAUGUAAAUGAACAUAAGUUAUCUGAAAGUGAAAGUGAUGGACCUAUGUCUCCAAAUUUGAAUAUUAAACGAAAACCAGAGAGUCCUGCUCCAGGUAGGAAAGCAUCUUCAAAACAGGUGGGUUCAGUUGAGAAGCAGAGUUUAAGAAAUCGUUCAAACAGUCCUGCUGGUCGAUCAGGCAUUCCUACAACAAUGAGAAACCGUUCCAAUAGUCCUGCUCCAAAACCUGCUGGAAUUCCAGUCGCAACUACUAACACUCCUAAAAAUAAGCAAAGGGGGCUGGUUCCCCCAAAGAAAAUACUCAAUGGUCAAGAUACGAACGGAGAUAGUACAAGUCCAACAACCAGCAACCAAUCAAAUUUGCCAGCAUUGAAUUCGCCAGUUAAAGAUGAUAAAAAUGAGCCGGAAAAUGAUAGCCUAAGUCCAAAGCCUGACAGGCCUUCCAAACCUCCGAGGAUUCAGAAACAGAAAAGUCAGGAUAGUAAACCCCCAAAACAUGGAAAAAGCCUACUUCCUGUCAUUCAUAAAGCUAUAGAAACAGGAAGUGGCUCUCCAAAUGGGGUUUCCCAAACAACUCCAGGGACCAAACCUAAAAGGGGAAUUCCAGUUGCAAAACCAACCAGACCAGAAACAUCCCCAAAAGCAUCACCAACUGACCAAGGGGAAGAAAUAAAGAGAACAUUGUAUCAGGCAGUAAGGGGAUACACAGCUCAGAUAGAUGGUGAAUUGACCUUCUCUGAGGGAACUUUUAUAAAAGAGCUGAGUGAUUGUGACCGCCCAGGAUGGUAUGUAGGAAUGCUAGCUGAUGGCACAACUGGUCUCUACCCAGCCGACUACUUCAAACCUAGUCCAGUUAGUGCACAAAGUGAAGCUUAAACUCAACUGGUCUUGUCUGAUGGAUCAGCUUUAAAACCAUAACCUGCUGAAUUUGUAUAAAAUCAACUGAACAGAUGUGAAAAGCUGGCCAGACUCUAUACUUGUAACAAAGUCUGAUCAUUUUUGGUUCCAGCAAGAUAACACUUAACAGAACCAUAUCGAUAUGAUAUCAAGAAGUUGUGAUUAGUUGUUUUGAAUGAGUGUUGAAGAAUCUUAGGCAAUGUUAACUAAAUAAAAUGAAUUUAGAAGCUGUAAGAACUUCUUAGAUCACAUAGUUUAGCCAAUUGAGCAAUAUAGAGGGCAGAUUUACCAUGACGUAUUGACAGGUUAUACUGUUAGGCUCCUGUGGAGUGAUAUUGCCAGUAUGUGUCUUUUUCAAGACCUGGACAAGCUUUUAAAAUGUUGGUUGGUAACGAUAUAUCAUCAUUGAUAUUGGCAAUUUGUGAGAAAUAAUGACUCUUGUUUUUGAUUGGUAUUGGUCAGUACUUAGUAUAGAGAAUAGAAUGAGAACCGAAUAGCCUAGGCUAAUGAGAAUACAUGACUUGCUUUUUGUAGGUCAAUACUCGGUCAUAUACAGUAGUAGGACCAAUGGGAUUAAAUCAGAACUGAACAUAAUAUGAAUCUAACCAAUGGGAUCAGAACAAAAUAUAAUAAAAAUUUAGCAAAUGUGAUCAGAACAGAUUAGAGCAUAAUAUAAAUCUAACCAAUGGGAUCAAAACAGAAUAUAAAAUUAACUAAUGGGAUCAGAACAGAAUUUAAAUCUAACCAAUAGGAUCAGAAUGUGAUAAAAAUCUAACCAAUUGGAUCAGAAUAUAAUAUAAAUCUAACCAAUUGGAUCAGAACAUGGUAAAAAUCUAACCAAUGGGAUCAGAACAU